ACUACUGUCAAGAUCUAAACUAGCUAGAUCUCUUUGAGGAGGAUUUUUCUUUUUAUUUCGAUUUAAACAACACUCCCAGCUCCCUGCAGCAGGCUCCCCCUACAUAUCACUUAAGGUAAAACCACACCAACUUUCUCAGAAAGAAAAACCUCUCACAUUAAUAAUGGACUCUCCACCUCCACCUCCAGUGCCACCGCCACCGCCACCUCCACCUCCACCCCCCCUCAUCUACCCACGGAGCAGUACAGGAAUUGGUUGGAUCUGCCCUAGGAAGUGACGGAGUCUAUCCUCAAGAGGCUUAGCGUCAUCGAGAUCCUAACCAGUGCGCAAAAAGUGUGCUUGCUCUGGCGUAACAUCUGCAAGGGCCCCUCCAUGUGGCGCACCCUCAACAUGGGCUACAUCCAAGACUCAUGGGACAUGCCCUAUGACCUCGAAGAUAUGUGUCGCCACGCCGUCGAUCUCAGUUGUGGCCAGUUGGUGGGGAUCAAAGUCGGCAGCUUUUGCACCGAUAAUCUCCUAAAGUACAUCACUGGGAGUUCAAGUGAGCUCAGAUAUCUUGGACUUUUAAGGUGCUGGAAAAUUUCGGAUAAGGGAUUUAGUGAGGCAGCUGCAAAUAUUCCAUUAUUGGAGGAGCUUGAACUUUCAUACUGUUCAACGACACAAAAUUUUCUAGAAGCUGUUGGCCGCAGUUGUCCCCAUUUGAAAUCACUCAAAUUGAGAAGUGAGGUUUAUUGGGGAGAUAAUCCUUUCACAGGGUGUGAUCUUUCGGCUGUUGCUAUUGCAGAGAACAUGCCUGGAUUAGUCAGCCUCCUCCUUGUUGGGAAUAAGUUGACUAAUGAUGGUUUGCAGGCCAUACUUGAUGGUUGUCCUGACCUUCAAUCACUGGAACUUUGGCGUUGUCGCCAUGUCUUUAUGGAAGGGGAUUUCGGAAGAAAAUGUUCUGAACGGAUAAAAAACUUGCAGUUUCACUAUUUUAGUGACCAAGAAUUUGAGAAAAUACUGGAAGAUAGUGGAUAUUAUGAUUACGACUAUGACAACGACUAUGACAAUUUUGGGCUUGAAUAUAUAGAUGAUUGAGUAGUACUCAUGAAUUUCUUUGCGUAAUAUAUGCAUUUGUUUUAAAUUAGUCGCUUGUACGUACGAACGUGUGCCGUAAUUUCUUGAUUUUUGAGUCAGCUUUGUGCUGCUAUUAAUUAACUAUUGGCUACCGGUAA